AUGCCUUCUUUGCCUGACUCGCCUCCGCCGCCCGUCCCUCCUCCAGUCCCUCCUCCAGUUCCUGUCGAAACUCAUCCGAACCGCACAGGCGGGCUAAAACCUCCGUCGGGGGAACAGCGCGCUCUCCCCGAUCCCACUCGCCUCGCCCCCGAAGACGCAUAUUAUUCACCCUCUCUUCUCCGGAGUCGACCAGGUAGCUCUAACUAUGAGGAUCCAAUCCGUCCCCUAAACGGUACUGCUGCUACCGCCGCGUCCGUUGCGGCCUUGCGACCCCCGCCCGCUGUACCAGGGGCUGUCCCUAGAAAGGAUAAUCGGAAACUGCGAUCAGGCGCGCGGAAGAAGCGAAAAGGUGCUUGGAAAAAACUACUCUGGGUCAAGCAGUCAUACCCGGAUAAUUACACCGACACCGAAACGUUCCUCGACCAUCUACAACGAAAUCCGCGUGUGCGUCCGUAUGACUUUUGGCCCUUAGUGGCUGACUCGACCGUUAUCGUACAACAUGUCUGCUCGGUGGCUAUCUUCGUCUGCUGUUUCGUCGGCAUUGUUCAGGGUCGGGUGAGCCCUGUCUCUGUCGUUUGCUGGGGAAGUGUUGGAACAGCUGUCGGGUGGAUACUCUGGGACUGGUGGGCGUUCACGGAACAUGCAGAGAACCGGAGGGCUCUUGAGCACGCUGUGGAUGGUGAUGAUGGGUCGAGUUCGAGCUCCACGACAAGCUCUGUUAAUCCUAUCAACCAAAGGGGCGGCGGACAGAAGGAAAACCAAGUUCACGGACUUGGAUUGAGCUUGGCGCAAAAUGAGCCGGGGCCUCUAAGGCGCCAGAGCACGGGGCUCAGCGCUGACUCUUUCACCGUGCAGGACCCAGGUUCUCCUUCCCCAGGCUCACCUCCUGCUAGCUAUACGAACGGGCCCAGCGCGCAAUCUCAGCCUCAAAGCUGGCAGCCCCAGUCAUUCCUUUCGAGGAAUCGGCAGCGAUUGUCCACGGUCAAGUCGGCUUUCCUCAUAUACUUUUCGCUUCUCGGACUGAGUCCUAUUCUAAAAUCUCUUACCAAAUCGACCGCUAGUGACUCCAUCUGGGCGAUGAGCUGCUGGUUGUUAAUCAUGAACAUAUUCUCCUUUGAUUAUGGAAGCGGCGAGGGCGCUGGCGCCACCAAGUUUCCUGCAUCUCUAUCCACAAAUGCAGCCGUCAUGGCAUCGACGCUUGAUGCUAUUCUCUAUCGAGGUGUUUGGCCUGUUUCCAAUAUUCCGGCGGCAGCUGCGUCAUAUCUCGUGGACCGGCCAUAUAUUCUUAACUUUGGCACUGGUUAUGCUCGCCGGUGGAGCGGUGGGUAUUACAUUACGGGGUGGGUGGAUGGGCGCGAUAGUCGGGUCAUUCUUGGGAAGCGUCCUAACAGCGUUGACGAUGGGCGGCUGUAG